AUGUCACAAGCGGCAGGUCAGCUUCUGAACCGAGUCCUGAUGGUACCUCCGAAGCACUUCUCCGUGGAGUACACGAUAAAUCCAUGGAUGGGAGGAAUAGUGAAUAAGGAGAAAGCCAACGAACAGUGGAAUUCUCUUAAGGGGGCAAUUGAGAAAGAAGGAGUCCAGGUAUUGACGAUGGAUCAGACACCCGGCCUUCCCGAUCAGGUCUUCGUUUGCAAUUCUGGUCUCGUCUACAACAAUAAAGUCUAUCUAAGUAAAUUCCGACACAAAGAAAGGUUGGUACUAGACUGUCUAGGAAUUGAUGUAAUUUCUAUUUCCUCAAAAUUCGACGUUUUAUGGUUUAAAAAACUUUUUACUUUUCUGUUACGCUUAAUUACAAAGCACAGGAAAGAAAUGGAAGACAAGCAAGUUUACGCGAUUGCUUAUGAGUUCGAAUUGAGACGUGAAGUCGUCGGACGGUUUCGUGAAGCAAAUGAGAGCAGUAAGGAUGAAUAG